GUCAGACUCCCAGCACCUCCCCCGGUGUCUAAUGUCAGUUCUUCCACAGAACAAGCCUCAGUAGUGCUGGUGAGAGGACAUCCCACCCCAGCGAGGAGGUUGAUUCGUCGCUGCUGCGGACCUACUGUGGUUGUCUUCUGCGGUUCCUGUUGACACCGUGCCUCCAAGUCGUUCGUUCGAGGAUGUGGUGAUCUUUUCGUUGGAGUUUCUCCUGGUUCCAGUUGUUCCAGUUUUUUCCGUUGGUGGACUUAUGGAGUCAAAGAAAGAGGAAGAGGAGCUGGAGGGAGUAAGACUUAGUCCAUUCAGGAUGAAAGUGGAGUUUGCACCUCUAAACAUCCCAUUGGUCAGGCGGAUCCAAACCUUAGCUGUGGUACAGUGGGUUUUCUCAUUUUUACUGCUGGCACAAUGCUGUGUGGGACUGUUCCUCUUGUUGGUUCUUGCACGAUUUUGGCUCCUGGUGGCACUCUAUGUCCUCUGGCUGUACCUUGACUGGGAGACCCCACAGACAGGAGGCCGCAGGUGCGAAUGGGUACGAAACUGGACAGUCUGGAGGCACUUCAAGGAUUAUUUUCCAAUAAAGAUAAUAAAGACAGCCGAUUUAGAUCCCCAGCACAAUUAUCUCUUAGGCUUCCAUCCUCAUGGUGUCCUUGUUGCUGGGGCCUUUGGAAACUUUUGCACCAACUACACUGGAUUUAAGGAGCUUUUUCCAGGCUUGACCCCUUACCUGCACAUACUCCCCUUCUGGUUCCGAUGCCCCUUCUUCAGGGAGUAUAUCAUGUGUGUGGGUCUGGUCUCUGCAUCCAAAAAGAGCGUGACACAUGUACUAAGCAGACAGGAGGGCGGAAAUGCUGCAAUUAUAGUCAUUGGUGGUGCUGAAGAAUCAUUGGACGCCCACCCUGGAAACCUGACCCUCCACAUCCUGAAGAGGAAAGGAUUCAUCAAAGUGGCAUUGAAAAGAGGUGCACAUUUGGUCCCCGUGUUCUCGUUUGGAGAGAAUGAGCUGUUUUUCCAGGUACCAAACCCAAAAGGAUCUUUGCUGCGUGCAGUCCAAGAGAGGCUGCAGAAAAUAAUGGGCUUUGCUCUACCCCUCUUCCACGCACGUGGGAUCUUCCAGUACAGCUUUGGACUGCUGCCUUUCAGAAAGCCCAUUCACACAGUGGUGGGUAAACCCAUCCCAGUGGUGCAAACUUCAAACCCCACACAAGAAGAAAUCGAAAAGCUGCAUCAAAAGUACCUGAAUGCGCUUCAGGAACUUUUUGAGGAGAACAAGGAGAAGUAUGGUAUCCCAGAGCAUAAAAGUCUCAUCUUCACUUGACCUCCAUAGAUAAGGUUCUACUUGUGGGACUGGAACCACUAGGAUUAUCAAUCUAGAUCUGUAGGGCUGUAAUCCUUGUGUGGUCAACCAGCCCAGAACUGCGAUGGCUGCACUUACUGCUCUUCUUGUUCACGAAGUACACUCCACUCUUUAUGAAGAUCUACAUGCUGUAUGUAUGAGCAGGACUGGAAGGUCUUGCACAUACUAUCCGAGCCUCACAGCAAGAUUCAUUUACCAGUGGAUUUGCCAAAAGUUUUGCCUACCCAUUUUAUUCAUUCCAAGAAACAUCAUUAACAUAGUAAAAAAUAAGGUACCCAAUGAAUGACAAUUACUGUAAGUACUCAGGAAUCUUAGAGGGAGCACUUCAUAGCAAACAUAUAUUCUACAAUAUACAUACCGUACAUAUAUAAUUAUUCCUUUUUCACUCACUGAAGCUCUGGUGAGGGAUGCAGGUUCCUGGCAGCUUUGCAAAGAUAGUGCCAUUCAUCAUAUAGUGGCAGUGCUUGGUAUUGCAGCUCAGCCCCCAUUGUUGCUGAGCUGCAACUAGGCCAUGUGACUGAUGUACAGUGAUGUCACUGGCCUAGGAAGACCUCUUCUAACAGCUGAUCGGCAAGGGUUACUGAUGUAGCACCCCCCGCAGAUUUGAUACUGAUGACCUAUCCUGAGGAUAAGUCACAAAUAUAUUUUCCUGGAAAACCCCUUUAACUAAUGAAGACCUCUCUGUACAAGUGGUCUGAAUUGUUAAUGGUUGUGCGGCACCUUCAAUACCACGUGGCCAUUAAGAAUUCAGACUUCCUGUAUAGUGCAGUGUUCAUUAGAUACAUAUCAGGCAGCUGCAGCCUAAUUGGCAGCACACGGCUGGACCAUGUGGUCGUACCCUUAUGUGUAUAAAGCCUGAGGCUUUAGUCACACAUCAGUGUUUGAUCAGUGUUUUCCAUCAGUGAUUCUGAGCCUAAACCAAGUACAGGUCAGAAACACAGAACAGGAGCAGAUCUUUCCCUUAUACCUUAUGUCUGUGGAGGCUCCAAUCCUGGUUCUGGCUCACAAUCACUGAUGGAAAUCACUGACCGAACACUGACUGUGUGAAUAGGGCCUUAUUUUCAUGUUGCAAUUAGGACCUUCCACAUUGGUGUCUUAAUAUAAUUACUUGAAACACCUUGACCUCCAUUGGGCUGAUCUUGCGAUUACUAAGACCGGGUUUACAAUGUCCGUUUUUUUCUCAAGGUUUUGUCGCAUUUUUAAAUGCAGGGGAAAAAUGGGGUGCAUUUUUACCACAGUUUGCAGUGCAUUUAUUGGUUGCAUAGUUUUUAUAGGUAAAACACUUUUUUUUAACCUUUUAACCUACCUUACAGCAUUGAAAACAUGCACAAAAUAUUUCUAAAUGCAACAAACUGCAAGAAAAAUGCAGUGUGAACAGUGAGCCUAUCCUGUGGGUAAGGACACAUGUAGAGGUUGCAGGGCAGCAUGCUGUUUUACUAUGAAAAUGGCGUGGUGAUUGCUUAUUAAUGUCCAGUAGGUGUUAUUAUGCAGAUAAGAAGUAUUGCCUACUAACAGGUAAUGAAAUACCGCACCCAUGUUACUUGUCUUACCCUAAAUCCAAUCUGUCCCAUUGAUGAUUUGGAUGCCGGUAAUAGGGGUGACCAGUUAUGUCUGCAAUUAUUUUGUGUCCAAUAUCCCAAAAAAUGGUGAUCACUUUGUAGUUAUUUGAUUUCACAUUGGUGGUAAAGAAAAUUUUUAUGCAGAUAACAAAAUUCUAGCCAUCCCCUGUGAUUUUAAUAUUCAUUCAAUUGAAAUAAAAAUACUUGGGCUCAGUAGAUGUGAACUGUAGAACAACGUCCAAGCAUACCCUUGAAGUUGUUUGCACAUUCACUAUACUAAGACACACACUUUAUGAAAUAUACAUCUACAAAUGAGUUAAUUAUAUAGGUAAAUUCCCCCCCUCCCAAAAAAAAUGCAAAAGUUGAACCUAUCAAUCAUUUUGGAAACUUGUUCUUGUCUGACGUGUUCUCUCUACUAACCACUAGGUGGCAUACAUUCACCUGACUUUAUAUAUACCGGUACAUUGUCACAUCUCUUUAGGUUUCUUUGGGCAAUUUUGCAACAAUGUACAGGAAAUGGUGUUCUGUAACGUAGUGCGGUAUUAAAUGAGCACAUGUCCUGCUAAUAAUGAUAAAGUAAUGCUGUCUUGGAAAAAGGUAGAAAUCCCUACAAAAAAUGUCAAUUCUUGCAUACUGGAAAGCCAUUCAUAUCAGUUUGCAAUAAACACCUCUGUUAUGAGUGUGCUAUAAAACUGAAUAUGUUGUGUUCCUCCAGACUACAAUGUGAAUUUACUGUAUUUGUACAGAUUACUCUAUUUUUCUAUUUAUGAGUAACACAACUGCAUAUACGAGGGUUUUAUAUGAGCUGUCGCUUGUCAAAAAACAUCCGCUCCACUAUGUUGUAUUGUUAUAGGAUUAUUGCAUAAUAAAAAUUUAUUUGUGGCAUACA